AAUAUAAGCAGAGUUGAUUUUACAAAGCUCUCCACUUAUAGGGAAGUCUACAGAAUAAUUGGACCGCUCAAUUUCCCAUUGAACUUGAUCCAGGCUCGAAAAAAUCCUUUAUAUCCGAAAAAGCUUAACAAAGGUUGAAACUUCCUACAUUUUGAGAAAAAUUUUCAGUAACCGGUAUGGGAGGAAGGAUAGUCAAGAAUUCAAAUCGAGUUUGCCACCUCACUCUCAUAGCUCAAAGACAGAGCAUUCGCAUCGCAACUCGAGCAAUCAUUCUUCAAAAACUUAUCAGUUUCUUACCAACAUUCCAAAUACAAGAGUUUAAUGUAUCCGAACUCAAGAUCGCGGAUCUGACCUUUCACACCCCCGGCCAAAUUGAGCUAGUAUUAGGUAGUGACCUGAUCCUACAAAUCCUAUAUAUCUAAUGUUUGUUAUUUUAAAUUGGCGUUUGUACAAAUAUGUCUUCAACGGCAAUACCAAAGAAUUCUCUUCCGUAGGAAAAACGAAAAUAAACUCACGGAUUUUGCGCUUAGAACGGUCACCUUCGGAGUUAAUUGCGCUCCAUAUCUCGCUAUUCGGACUUUGCACCAGUUAGCAGACGAUUCAAAAGCUACUUAUCCAUUAGCACAAAGAAUAUUAACGGCAGAAACUUAUGUUGAUGACAUAUUAUCAGGAGGACACGACCUUUCUUAUAGCGUAAACGCGCAAUACCAACUAAUUCAAUGUCUACUAUCAGCUGGUUUCCCCCUAAAGAAGAUCACCUGAUCAUCAAUCAACUACCUCUAGAAGAUAUAGAAGUCUUUCUCUGGUCCGACUCGUCGAUAGUGCUUGCGACGCUUCCGAGAAGGCGUACUGUGCAGCCAUUUACUUGCGAUCCCAAUCACCCAACUUAGUUUCGUCACAUCUUUCCUUUUAAAAAACGAAAGUAGCACCCCUACAAACAGUGACUCUUCCGCGCUUAGAACUGUGUGGAGCAGUCCUAUUAGCCAAAUGUAUUAAGAAUGUCAUCAAUCAACUACCUCUAGAAGAUAUAGAAGUCUUUCUCUGGUCCGACUCGUCGAUAGUGCUUGCGUGGCUUGAAAAACCCCGAUGCAAUUGGAAAGUGUACGUGGCGAAUCGGACUUCACAAAUCAUCGCCAGUGUUGGAAAUCUCAAAUGGCGUCACGUAUCCAUGAACCACAACCCGGCAGAUUUGGGAACGCGAGGGUGCAAACCACAGGACCGAGUACAACAUUCACUUUGGUGGCACGGACCCGCAUGGCUACUCCAACGCCCCAACCAAUGGCCAUUAUAUUUUCAACAAAAUGUCACCCCACUCGAAGAACGUAAAUUAGAAGCUCUACAUACUUUAGACAAUCAACCAGAUAUCUUAGAUCGCUUUUGAUCUUGGUCAAAGGCUUUGGGAGUAAUAGCUUACAUGUUUCGAUUUGUUCAUAUAAUAAAACCAUUUCAGUCCACUCCAAAUAUAAAUUAUGAAUCUUUUGUUAUCACUCAAAGAGAAUUUAAUUGGGUCAAAAGACGCCUUAUAAAACAAGCUCAAGAAAGGCAUUACCCAAAUGAGUUGUCAUGUAUGUAGUCAGUAGCUCUGCAACAGUCGGCUCGAUCGCUACCUUCAGCGCAUGUCACUACCCAACGAUUCAAGCUAUUCUUUAUACCUUUUACUUGUCAUUAUAUUUACUCUCAAACACAUAAUAUAUAAGUACAUACUUCCAAUAGUAACCGUUGUUUAUGUGUAUAUACAUUGCAUAUCACACGUACCUAAAACUGGCGACGAGGAUGGGAUGUAAGAGCACAGCGAAAUAAAAUAACGCGUGAUCACAAGCAGAAAUAAAUAGUUGGAAGCUACGCAGUUAUACAAGGGUAAACUUCAGGGUGAAUAAAUACGCUGAGGCAGUGAGUUAGCAACAGUCAGUGCAAGAGUCACAUGGAUGGUAAAGGGGUAAAAAUCGAAGAGCCCACAAGUAACAAAGCCGCUGCGACCGAAGGAGUAGGAAAAUCAACCGCACAGAAGUCCACAGCUGUGAAAAUGUCCGGAAGUGGAAACUUAGAGCCGUUUGAUCUGAGCCAGCUUAAUAAGUGGUCAACUUACAUGGAGCGCUUCAAUUUAUUUCUACUUGCCAAUGAUGUGCAAGAGGAAGGGCGUAAAAAGGCAGUUUUUCUUACGUUAGCCGGACCUCCUUUAUAUGACCUCUUAGCUUCACUGGCAUCUCCUAGACAGAAACGUGUUCAACAUCCGGACGAGUCUCUCAGCAAUUACAUUGCGGCUUUACGCAUUCUGGCUGUUGAUUGCAAAUUUGGAGAGGCACUCGAUCGCAAGCUGCGUGACCGGUUCCUAUGCGGAAUGAAAGACGAAGGAUUGUAAAAAAUUCUGCUGGCUGAAAGGGAAAUGAGAAUGCAAAAGGUGCUUGAACGUGCAUUAUAAAGCGAAGCAGCAGCCAUGAAUGCUAGAUUAAUCCGGUACUCGAGCGAACAAGUCCACUCUGUCAAAGGAAGCCGUCUACGUCACCAGCACAAGAAUACAAGCAAUAAAGAGGCAACAUGCGCAGGCUGUGGAGGUCAACAUACACGAAAGCAAUGCCCGUACAAGGAAACGACUUGCCAUCAUUGCGAUCUCAAGGGUCAUCUGCAACGCGUAUGUCACAAAGCGGAAAAUUCCUCCAGUUCCAGCUCUACGAACUACGAUCAUCUUAUCGAGAUUCAGUCAAUCAAAUCACGCCUUUGGCCAAUCAGAAAAACUCAAUUUCCGAGCCGAUUAAUAGUUAUAAAUGCCUGUUCGAAGUUGAUUCCGGUUCAUCAGUGACGAUUAUGACUGAGGCAACGUUUCAAAAGGUUUGGCCCCAGAAAUCGCCGAGAUUAGCUAAGUGUAAUGUGGAUCUCAAUGACUACCAGCAUAAUUCCAUACCAAUCAAAGGUGUGCUCGACGUAUCGAUAUUGUACAAUAAUCGCAGAAUUAAUAAUAUGCAAGCGGUGGUAGCUCAAAUCUCGUUGGCAAUAAUUGGUUCGAAGCGCUAGGCAUACGUAUCGAAGGUGUUUUUACUGUCAACAGCAGCGCAGGCAUAAACUCAGUACUUCGUAAGUUUGAACACUUAUUUUCAUCCGAACUUGGUCGAUAUUCGGGGCCUCCGGUGUCGUUGCAAAUUAAGUCGUCAGAGCAACCUAUCCGGUUGCCCCCGCGGCGCAUUCCCUUUGCGCUUAGGGGUAUGGUCGAAGAAGAAAUCGAUCGCUUAUGUGAGCAAGGAAUCUUACAGCCUGUGGAUUAUUCAGAUUGGGCAACCCCAAUCGUCCAAGUCGACAUUAAAUCGGGUUAUCAAACCAAAUUGCUAUCAAAUACCAGCUAUCAGCACACUUCUGGCAUCAAUCGAAGGCGGAUCAAUAUACGCUAAAAUUGAUUUAGCACGAGCAUACCAACAGUUGAUAGUUGACGAGCGAUCGGCAUUGCUGCAAACGAUUUCCACGCAGAAGGGCGCAUUCAAGGUGACCAGGCUGCAGUUCGGGAUCUCAUCAGCGCCUGGAAUUUUUCAAAGCUGUAUCGAAAAUAUCUUAAGGAAUAUUACGGGGGUCCUCUGUUAUUUCGACGACAUAGUAGUCAUGGGCAAAUGCGAGGAUGAACUAGUAAAAAGGCUAGAAGAAGUAUUUGCACGUUUUGAUAAAGCGGGACUACGUCUGCGUAAGGACAAGUGCAAAUUUGGUGUACCGUCAGUGGACUUUUUGGGAUUUAAACUCGAUUCCCUUGGCGUCCGACCAUCAGUCGAAAAGAUCAAGGCAAUUCAUGAAGCACCAUCACCUAGAGACAAAAAGCAGCUACAAGCUUUUUUACGGUUAAUUAAUUUUUACCAUGCAUUUUUGCCCCACAAAGCAACAAUAGCGGAACCACUACAUCGGUUA